GCCAGCAUCCCAGGGACAGCUGAGUGGCUGAGGCGUAAUUGCAGAGAAGUGAGGUCAGCAGGAGGCUUUUAUCAGAGAUCGCACAGCGUUCAGCAACACGAGAAGAUGCACAGCGCAGACGGACUGCCCCAAAACUCCCUCUCUCAGAGUAUCACAGUGGAAUCGUCGGGACUGAAGUGCACAUCCUGGAAGCAGAAAUAUCUGGAACUGUGUGGAACUGGCCUGUCUCCUGUAUCUUCAUCAGGAUUGGACAGCGUGUGAAGCAUCCAUUUGUUCAUUUGUGUCAUUAACAGCAGAAACUAACACACUGCUGCCUCCUCCAGCUCUGAGGAGAUUCUGCUGGAGGUCAGAGGUCACGCCAGCAUCUGAGGAUUGUACUGGGAAAGGGUCCGAGCGGAUCUCCCACAGCUUGAAGAUCCAAUCUGAGUUUUGCCUUCAGUAUGUGGAUCAUGAACUCCUUGAGAAACGCAGUAUAAUGCGCAAAUGGACGCUGCGAUGGAAACUGCCUGAGUUUGCGUGUGGACUGUGGCUGGCGCUGCUGGUCAGCCGUGUUUGCGUGUGCGAUGGACAGGCGUCUGUGACCGACUGCUCCAAACACGAGCGCCACACCAGGAACUACGACUACAUGGAAGGAGGGGACGUUCGGAUCCGACGCCUCUACAGUCGCACGCAGUGGUUUCUGAUGAUCGACGAGUUCGGGAACAUCAACGGGACGCAGGAUCCCAACAACUGCUACAGUGUUCUGGAGAUCAGGACGGUUUCGGAGGGCGGUGUGUUGGCCAUAAAAGGACUGAAGAGCCAGUAUUAUAUUUCCAUGAACCGCACCGGAAUGUUACAGGGCAAAAAAGACUACAACGACAGCUGCAACUUCAAAGAAGUGUUUUUAGAGAACUACUACACGGCGUACUCGUCCGUCAAAUGGACUAAAAACGGCAAAGAGAUGUUCAUCUCUCUGUCACAGAAGGGCCGACCGCUGAGAGGAAAGAAGACGAGGAAGGAGAGCAUCUCUUCUCACUUCAUCCCUCGAAAGUGCAGGGAAGACGAGAAGAAGCUGGUGUGAAGAAGAUCUGUUCUGACUCACUACUACUCUGAUUCCUCAAGCUCUAGCAAUAAAUCAUUCAUGCUUUCACUCUCUGAGAAGCAGUGGGUACAACUGCAUAUAUGCAAGUGUU